AAGGUGGAGUGGGGUCAGCAGAAUCGAUCCUUUGCUUGCAGGAGGAGAGUGAGUGGGGCCCCCACUGGUUUUUGGGCCCGUAACUGGAGUAUGCACUUUCGGUAUGCCCUUCUCUUCUUUAUCGAAAAACCCACAAAAUUUUUAUUCUCUCCUCUCCUCUUGUGGGUUGGUCAGGUCAAACACGAGUCUGUGCUUUUAGUGUGACGCCUACGCCUGUAUUUUUUACGUACUCUAACCAAUGAUCCCACGGCUCAGGUUGUCCCAACAGGACGGCCAUGGUGACAUCACGGCCCUUGAAUUUUCUAGCUGAGUGUUAGUCAAGGUGCUAAUAAGCGGGCCCCGUGUCCUUAGAUUGGACAGCAUUGUGGUGGCCCAUAAAAUAUAUUGUUUUAGCUCACCGACCCCUUGGAAUGGAAUGGACUCUGUCUGUGUACUCAUGCCUUUUUCUUCCUUCUUAUUCACAGCCUCCUUUCCUUGGCUGACAAACCAUUCCAUUUCUGAUUUCCCCCAACAGUCUCUUCUCUCUUCUUCUACCUAUGUGCUCUCUCUCCCUUUUUCUAUAGGUUUGGGUGGCAUAUUUAGAAUUGAAUGAAGUGUUAGUGAAGAGAAAGAGUGAGCAGAUAUCAUUUUUUCCUUUGCACAUUUGGUUAUUCUGUCUCUGUUGGGUACUUUUUUUGUUUAAUGGGUCUUGCUUCUCUCCAAGUUUGCUUGGAUUCAUCUGACUGGCUGCAGGGAACGAUUCACGAGGUGUCUGGAAUGGAUUCUUCAUCCCCAUCUGGGAAUAUGCUCACAUGCUCAAGGCCAUUGAUAGAAAGGAGUCUAAGACCCCAACACGAUCAAACUCUCAAGUGCCCCAGGUGUCAUUCCACGCACACCAAAUUUUGCUAUUAUAACAAUUACAGUCUCUCCCAGCCGAGGUACUUUUGCAAGACUUGUAGGAGGUACUGGACCAAAGGAGGGACGCUAAGGAACAUUCCUGUUGGUGGAGGCUGUAGAAAGAACAAGAAAGUUGCUACUAAAAAAUCAAAUGAUCGAUCAGCCAACAACAAGCCUGGAUCAUCUUCUCAUAAUCCCACUGAUCUUAACCUUUCAUUUCCUGAAAUGCAGCUUUCUCACCUUAAUAACAUUCUUGGUACUCAUGGAACUAAUACUAACUUCACGGAGAGCAAAUACAAUUCUCUGCUUGAAAAUCCAAGGCAGAUUGAUUUCAUGGAGAGUAAGCUUGAAACCAUAGUUGGGAGCUCUAGGAACUAUGAUUUUAUGGGGAAUGGUGAGUUGGGAAUGGUUGGGGGACUUGGGGAUAUGGGUCAUGGGCUAGCACCAAAUCUCCAUGUCCUUUGCUCUCCAUAUGGGGUGUCCCUUGAUGUUGAUGGCAAUUGUGGUACUUUCAUGGACACCUGCCACAGGCUAAUGCUUCCUUAUGAAGCAAACGAAGAUCAACAAGCAAUCGAUGUGAAGCCAAACACAAAACUCUUGUCCCUUGAUUGGCAAGACCAAGGAUGUUCUGACGCUGGGAAAGACAAUUACGGAUACUUGAACAACUGGGAAUCAUGGACUGGAAUGAUGAAUAUUUAUGGACCGGAAUGAUGAAUAGUUAUGGACCCUC